CACAGGACACAGCUCAAGGGGCAUGGCCUCUCUCAGGGAAAUCUGCUGGCUGAGCUCUUGGUUUGCCCUGGGGUCACUGCUGAUGUGGUCGGCCCUGGCUUUUAAAUCAGAGUUGCUGGAUGAAGGUUGCUGCAAAGAAUUUUUUCCGAAAAAAUGGAAAGAAAGUGCCUUUGGAGAAUUUUCACCAAGUUAUAAGAUGAUAAGACACUGCGCCAAGACACAGUCUGCCCUUCUUGUGAACCACAAGAGGCGGGGGAAGGUGUGCCUGAACUUCAGUCUGCCCUGGGUGAAGAAACUUAAGGAUUAUAUCGAUAAUGCCCAGAACAGAGCCAGCCUCCCGAGAGCAGUGAAACAGUUCGACAGCAGAGAUACAACGCCUGGGAGACAGGCAACCACGGGGGCAAAUCCGAGAUCCGAUGGCCUCUCCUCAAUCCUGCCCACCACAGCUGUUUGGAAUUCCACUCUCUCUGUCAAGACAACACAAAGCAGCAUGGAAACUCCAACAUGGACUCCACCAGAUCAUCGACCAGUGACUGCAACCUCUGACCAAACACCAGGCGCUAACCCCUCAACACCAGAGGAAGAGAAGUCCGUGGUGAUCUCGACGGUAUUCCCCGGACCCACUCCCCCUCUGGGAAUGAGGGGACGGAGCUCGGAAUCCUCAUCUCUUUCCCUCACCUCCGGGCACAGAGGUUCCAAGGAGAAUUUUUCAGAGGGCGGGAUGUUCACCACUGAUUCCAGUUCGGAGGGGAGCCAUGAGUCACGGGUGCAACUAUCCAACAGCAAGGCGGCAUUGCUGAUCUUCAUUCCCGUCAGCUUCCUCCUCCUCCUCCUGUCCAUCACUGCCUACAAAUGGUGCAAGAAGUCCAAGUUAACAGGCACCGAGCACCAUUCCAACGCCUCCAUCCGGUGACAUCGAAUGGAUACCCAUGUGUCGGUCAACGUGAGCCGCAGUGCAGCUGUUUGCAGUUUCAGUCAUCGUUCCCUUCCGCCGGUCCCCAUCGGUGUAACCCGUGUCAGCCCCAUAACCUCCUGGCAUCGUCUGAUCCUGGACUGCCGGUCACUUCCACGGUGCGGCCGUCCCUUGGCACUGCCUCUCGCGCACGGCUCUCUCCUGGCACUAACCCAGCAAGUGUGGCGCUCCCCCCCCCACUCGCCGCCCGUCCCGCAGUGCGGAACUCCCUCACCGCCCCUCCCACAAGUCCACUGCUCCCGUGCUGCCCCACCAAACUGCUGCCGUGGGAUUGUGCCCAGUUUCCCAGCGUGGGGACUCGAACCCUCGACCUCCAUCCUCCAGGACGAGACGCCUCCGUUCUGGGCCCCGCGAAGUUUCUGAUCACUUGGAAAAGAAACAAGAGAGUCCUGCAAACACUCAGCAGGUCGAGCAGCUACUGUGGAGAGAGAAACAAUCCGAGUUUCAGAUAAGGAACCCUUCCUUCAUCUGCCCUGAGGGAGAAGGGUCAGGAUGGGUUUGGAAAUGCUGGUGGAACAGAGAGAAUUUCUCGGAUAAAAUUACGCCACGUAGUAGCUGGAGUGUGAAGUAAUGGGGGUACAGUUUGCUACUGUUAUAGCAUGAUCUGACUGCACACAGAGGGAGAGAGUUAAGGGGACGGUGGGGGGGGGGGCAGCAAAUUAUAUAAACAGACAGGAAGCCAGAGCAAGUUACUUACAGCUGGAGAAUU